UCUGUUUGCAAUGUCUGGACGUGGUAAGCAGGGAGGCAAAGCACGCGCUAAAGCAAAGUCUCGCUCCUCCCGCGCGGGUCUCCAGUUUCCCGUCGGCCGUGUCCAUCGACUGCUCCGCAAGGGUAACUACGCCGAGCGGGUUGGGGCCGGUGCUCCUGUGUACUUGGCAGCCGUGCUAGAAUACCUGACGGCAGAGAUUUUGGAGCUGGCGGGCAACGCUGCCCGAGACAACAAGAAGACGCGCAUCAUCCCGCGCCACUUGCAGCUGGCUAUUCGCAAUGACGAGGAGCUCAACAAGCUGCUGGGCCGUGUGACUAUCGCUCAGGGCGGCGUCCUGCCCAACAUCCAGGCUGUGCUGCUGCCCAAGAAGACCGAGAGCCACCACAAGGCCAAGGGCAAGUAA